AUGGUAAACCACACAUCUGUGACAGAAUUUAUUCUGCUGGGAUUUUCUGCCAUUCGAGGGCUCCAGAUUUUACACUUUCUGCUGUUCCUCUCCCUUUAUUUAGCAACCUUGAUAGGAAACUUCCUCAUAAUCAUAGCUGUGGCCCAGAACAGUAAUCUUCAUGCCCCCAUGUAUUUUUUCUUGGCUACCCUCUCCUCCAUAGAUUCCUGCUAUGUUUCAACCACUGUGCCCAAAUCCAUGGCUAGCUCCCUGAUAAACAGCAAUGUGAUUACAUUCUCCGGAUGCAUCGCCCAGGUUUUCUUGGUUGUCACAUGUGCAACUGCAGAAUUUGCUCUGCUCACUGUCAUGGCUUAUGACCGUUUUGUUGCAAUCUGCCAUCCUCUACAAUACAAGCUGAUCAUGAACUGGAAUGCCUGCCUGCAAAUGGCAGCUGCUUCUUUGCUCUGCAGUGUAACCAGUGCUGCAGUGAACACUGCAAACACAUUUAGAUUAUAUUUCUGUUCUUCUAAUAUUAUUGAGCAGUAUUUCUGUGAUAUCCCUCAGUUACUAAAGAUCUCUUGCACUGCUACGGAGGCUAAUGAGAUAAUCACUUUUGCCUUUGCAGUGAGUGUGGGCUCCUUUUGCUUUUUCUUUGUAUUUGUUUCUUAUGGUUACAUCUUUUCUACUGUGCUCAAGAUUCCAUCAGUUCAGGGUCGGUAUAAAGUCUUUUCCACCUGCAUCCCACACUUGACAUUGUUUUGCCUCUUUGUUUCAACAGCCAUGUUUUCUUACAUGAGGCCAAAAGCUUUCUCCUCUCCAUCUGUGGACUUGCUUGCUGCUGUUUUGUACACAGUUUUGCCACCACUAAUGAACCCCAUCAUUUAUAGUCUAAGAAACAAAGAGAUGCAAACAGCUCUGUGGAAAAUCAUGAAGAAAACUUUUGAUUUCAUGUGA